AUGAGCAUAAGCCAUCACUUUUCGGUGAGUCUCAACGCCAUUUGCGGGGGAGUCAUCCCCGGACGGGGGACUCUAUCGCCUUCAUCGGCCAAUCUAAGCUGCGUCGCGGUCACGAACACGAUCGCUAACAAGUCUGUGAUUUCCCUAGAACUCCUUGCCGAACAACAACUCUCCGAUCUCCUCCCACCUUCUAUUCGAUACCUUCUCGCGGUCGCGACUCACCGCCACCCCCGGUACCUUCUCCGGAUCCUCAAUUCAUAUAACGAAGUCUACGCCCUCCUCUCCCUCGUUGUCGAACGCUAUUAUCUGCGCACCUUCGGCGGGUCUUUCACAGAGAACUUCUACUCUCUCAAGCGCGAGCGCGUUCUCCGCACCAAGAAUGGCGAAAUCCCACGCGCCCAGGUCGGCGCCGACGGUCCCGUCCGCGACGCCCUCAAAUUGCACACCACCGACGUGUGGAAGAACCUGUUGGUGAUGGUCGGUGUUCCAUAUCUCAAGCGCAAGCUAGACGAAGGAUAUGACAUCCACGCUGCGCCACAAGCGUCUCUGGUGAUGGGCGGCGGGCCGCGAUACAACCCCAGCGACGACCUCCCUCAUAACCCGACAGUGCGCCAGCGCAUCUUCCACUACUAUAAGUGGUUCCUGCGCAAUGUCUACCCAUCUGUGAAUGCGGCAUACUACUUUUCCGUUCUGGCGUUCAACCUCGCCUAUCUCUUCGAUAAUACCAAAUAUUCCUCUCCAUUCCUCUGGCUGAUCGGCUCUCGCAUUCGCCGCCUGGGGUCCGCCGACCAUCGUGCCAUCGCUGCAGUUCUAGAUCCCAAGCCCGCCCCCGGCGGAAGUCGAUCCCAGCGACCAGGCUCGGGAUUGAUGGGCCUGCUCAGCCCACAGAACCUGAAUACCCAGCUUCUGACCUCUCUUCGCUACUUCCUCCCAGCAUCUAUCUUUGCACUGAAGUUCCUGGAAUGGUGGCAUGCUAGUGACUUCUCUCGUCAACUGUCCCGAAAAGCGACAGAAGUUCUUGAUCUCCCAGCCCCCGUGAUCUCAGGCCUCACUAAUACGGCCGAGCGAAAGAAGUCUGCGGAAGAAGAGGAGAAGAAGAAGAAGCAGGUCGCUGAGCAAGAGAAGAAGGCUGCUUCUGGAGAUCUCAAGUCAGCUCUCAAGUCACCACGACGACACCAACCGCCUAUUUCAGCGACCUCCUAUCUUCCCAUCUUCACUGUUCCUCUACCUCCAGCCGAUACUUCCAGCGCUAAUACAUGCCCUGUCUGUCUGAACGCUUUGACAAAUCCGACCGCCUGCCAAACAGGCUACGUUUUCUGCUAUGUCUGUAUCUUCCACUGGUUGAACGGCGAGCACCAGCGACAAUUGGACUUCAUGGACGGAGAAGGUGCCGGCGCCGCGUGGGAAGAGGAGAUCACUGGCGAUGACGAGGAGGAGGAGGAUGAGGAGAAGAACGACGGGCGUGCCAAGGAAGAGACUGGAUCGCGCAAGCGUGGUGGGAAAUGGGAAAGUGGGAAGGGUAGGUGUCCCGUUACAGGGCGAAGAGUCCUUGGGGGCACGGAUGGUCUGCGAAGAGUAUUGAUUUGA